AUGAAACGAAAGGCCCCCGACGAGGACGCCGGCCUUGGGCCUGCGAAACGACAGCAGACAGAAGACCAACAACAUUCAGAGUUCACAGCUAUUCUGCUCCCAGCUUCCCGGCCGUCCUCGACUUCAGCAGCAUGUACACCAGCUUUAGCGCGAGAGGAAGCGACGGUACUUCCCCUAUCAACCCCAGCUUCAGCAGACUCAGCCGCUUCGACACCCCCAGCCGACCAAGAUGACAAUGAGACCGUCAUCUCCUCCAUCCACCCUGCCUGUGAACCCCCAACACCAGCCUCGACUGUCCCAGCCUCAACGAUUACUGGUACCACCGCUAAACGAACUCGUCGCUUUCCUUCCGACCUGAAGACUAUCCCCUGCACCUACCCCAACUGCCCCAAGACCUUCAACCGACCUGCCCGGCUGGCAGCCCAUUUGCGGUCUCACACUAACGACCGCCCCUUCGCUUGCCCCUACGAAGGCUGCACAAAAACCUAUCUCGAAGAAAAACACCUCACGCAACACAUCAAGGGCUCUCACACCCAUGAACGGAAGUACGUGUGCCAGGUGCCCAACUGCGGCAAGGCGUUCGUCACGGCCACCAGAUUGCGUCGGCAUGCGGCUGUGCACGAGGGGCAGGAGAGAUUUAGGUGCAGGGGGUACGAGGGAUGCAGUGCGAGUUUUAGGAAGCAUCAGACGUUGGCACGACACAUUCGGGUCGCACAUCUUGGGCUACAGCCCUUCGUUUGCGGAGUGGAGGGCUGCGAGGCCGGGUUUGAUAGUGCGGGGGCCCUGCGGCGGCAUACAGACCGCGAGCAUGGGGAGAUUAAGUUCUGGUGCGAGGAAUGCGGCAAGGACGAGGGUGAAGAUGGUGAAGGAGGAGGAGGUCGCAGGGUUGGGUUCCGGACGUUGCUCCAGCUCCAGGCACACAUGCGCAAGGAACACGUCAACUGUGUCUUCUGUGACGUCCGUUGCAGCAGCCAGGCUGAGUUAGAGCGGCACAUCGAUAUGUACCACUCCGGCACGACGGUCGAAGACCGGAAAACAGUCGCCUGCACAUGGGAAGGCUGCAACAAGAAAUUCACACGAGUGUCCAACCUCAACGUGCACAUCCGGACCGCCCACCAAGGCGUGCGCUUCGUGUGCGGACAAGUCGACACGUUCACCACACCAGACAUCACAGACUGGAACUGGAAAGAAGAAGGUUGCGGGCAGGCGUUUUCGAGCCGGCUCAAGCUGGAAGAGCACGUGCGGUAUGUGCAUUUGGGUAGGAAGCGACCGCCCGCGACAUAUACGAUCAAGUCGGCGCGACCGGGGGAGACGGAUGAAAUGUCGGCUGCGGUACCGACAAGGACGAUUGCGUGCUCGGUGGAUGGGUGUGUGGCAAGGUUUGUGAGGCAUCAUGACUUGGAGAGACAUCUGGAGGCGGUACACUUCAGUCAGCUAGAGCUGGGGGGACAGGAAGAGGCGGUGAUGAUGCCAGAUGGCGCAGAUGGAGUUGGUCAGCCUGCUCAGGAGACUACCAUCGAUCCGCGGCUGCAAGGGCUGCAGGGAGGAGAUGCGGCUGCUGUGGCGAGUAACGAGCCCUUCUGGAUCGAGUCAGCUACUCCAGCUGACGACCAGGCUGGGUUUGACAACGAGUGGGCUGAGAUGCGCCGGCUGAUUGACCUCGAUGCGUUGAUGGACGCACGAUCUGAGUGA